AAGACUGGUGUAAAAGCGCAAGGAAAUUAAUGCGGCGGAGAAGAAGCGGCUGGCUUGACCGCGGCUCACAAAUGACGGCUCACUUGACCGCGGUGACCAUCUGACACGUACAAACCGCUAAAGUCACCGUUUGUGUUUGUGUUUCACUACAUGUCCCGUGUUCUGGCGCUGGUGUGAGUUUCCAGUCGGACAUAAUUUGGAAAACACUUGUGAAGUCACACGUGUGGCUGACCGGGGUCGUCAUCGAGGUCGAGUGGAGGUGUGUUGGGAGACUGAAAAAGAUGCCAAAGAAAAGCAAAACUCCGAGUGUAAAGAGACGGAGCGCUGACCAAGAGCAGCCCGCUGUUAAACGAAGCAAAGAGGAGCAGAGCGACACUUCAACCCUUUGCUUCCAGAGCCCAGCCACACUGUUCGAGAGCCUCAUCCAGCCAAUGGGGACAGAUCAGUUCUUCUCAGAGUAUUGGGAGAAGAAACCUCUUCAUCUGCAGAGGUCUGAUCCUGGCACAGCCUUGUACUACCAGUCUCUGUUUCAGCUGUGUGACCUGCAGAGCCUGUGUUCUCAGGGUCUCGAGUACUACAGGGACAUCAACGUCGUUCGCUGCGUCAACGGCAAGAAAAAGCUUCUGAACAAGGAAGGCCGAGUGAAGCACAGUGUUCUCAAUAAGAUCAUGAGUCAGAACAAAGCCACCGUCCAGUACCACCAGCCGCAGAGGUUCAAGGAUGAGCUGUGGAGGAUUCAGGAGAAGCUGGAGUGCUUCUUUGGGGCUCUGGUGGGCUCGAACAUCUAUAUCACCCCAGAGGAGUCGCAGGGCCUUCCACCUCAUUAUGAUGAUGUAGAGGUGUUUAUCUUGCAGCUGGAGGGACAGAAACAUUGGCAUCUUUAUAAUCCUACUGUUCCACUGGCAGCUGAAUACAGCGUGCAGUCAGAGGACAGUAUUGGCAUCCCAACUCAUGAUAUUAUACUGAAGGCUGGAGAUCUGCUGUACUUUCCUCGGGGAACCAUCCAUCAAGCCAGAACCCCAGCAGGAGUGAACUGCUCCAUUCACUUAACUCUCAGCACCUACCAGAGAAUGUCAUGGGGAGAUUUGCUGUUGGACGCAUUUCCCAGCUUACUGUGUGACCGCAGCAGGAGGGAAGUCAGCUUCAGAGAAGGGAUGCCCAGAAGACUCUUACUGAGCAGCAGUGAAGGCCUGCACACCAACAAGCGGCUGGCCGCCUGCCUCAGAUCUCUGGCUGACGAGAUGGAAACUGGGAUGCAGGAACUCGGCUUCACUCACAUGAAGAGAGACUUCAUCAUGAACAGACUACCUCCUUACUGCCAGCAGCAGCUGUCUUCACCAUCUGGGAAGAGUCCUGCCUUGAAGGAUACAGUGAUUCUGACCUUUAAUGACCACAUGGUAAUAACAGUGGAGCCCCGCCCACAGAGCACAGACGACGCCACAGAGCUGGUAGUAUUUGUCUUGCAUUCUUUGAAGAACCAGAGGGAAGGUCACAUGAUGGGCGACAGCUGUGAUGACCAGGAAGAACGCAGCAUCUCCACGGGCUUGCAGUUCCCCCUGUCCUACCUCCAGGCCCUGCGGCAGCUCCAGCUGGCAGAGCAGCUGGUUGUUGCCCAGCUUCAGCUGCCCACACAGGAGGACAAACUCAACCUGGCCCUUGCUCUGUGGAGUGAGAACCUGCUGCGUGUCCUGUAGUUCACCUGCAGUCAGCUACUGAUGUACACCUGACUGUUAUCAAAAUGUCGUAUUUGUCUUUGACCUCUUUUCCUGAAUAAAGCUGGUAUUUAAAGAUUGACCUUUA